GUCAGAUACUGACGUCCACCGUCGUGUGCGCGGAUUUCCGGUCUCCUGAGCGUUUGAAGCGUUUUUCCUCGCAUUCGCGUUGCUGGAAAAAAGCAUCCUGCCUACCAACGAAAAUAUCCUUUUUUUUAAGCCAGCUUUGAAAUUUGGGCCAGGGAAUCGUAAGUCGAAUGGCUGCAUAGUUAAGUGCGUGGCACCCAGCCUGAAAUGCUAAUGCCCCGCCCACGCAACAACGGUUGCAACAUCGUUGACCGCCAGUCAAGUGGAAAGCACUGCUCGUAGCAUCGGUUUAAAAUCCCAAAGGCCAUCCGGGUCCUCCAGCAGCAUCCUUGCCAGUAUCCUACCAGGAAUUGGCUUUCAGGAAACCUGUUCCUAGUGUCCUCCCAUGGAAGAUCUGGAACCGGAAACGGAAACGGUAAAGGUAAAGGGAACAGGAACUGGAACAAGUGCGGCCCAGUGUACGGAAACGAAACCGAUUGCGCAAAAGGACUGAACGCAUCCGCAAGGCAUGGACACCGCUGCUGCUGCCGCCGUUGUCGUCGCCGUUGACCUGAGUCCCACGAGCAACGGAAAGGCGCCGCUCCUCAGCAGCUCUAAGGCCAGUUACGCCCUCGUUACCGGAUCAGGCUCGGGAUCGGGGUCAGGGUCAGGGACAAGUUCGAAUCCCGCAAGUGGAGCAGCCUGCGAUUGCUUGGGCAGUACUGUGGAGGCUAUGUCGGUGACCCCGCCACCCACUCCACCCUCCCGUUCAGGGGAUAGUCAUGCCAUGGAAUCCUGCAAAAGCUCCAAAGAUGUUGGAGCCCAAGGAGCCGCAACAGCAUCACCAGCCGUCGAAACCAGGACCACUCAGGACUCAAUCAGCCAUCCCGCCACAUCACAGUCUUCCGCCAACGCUUCCACAACGCCAACGUCUGCCUUGCUUGCCACAGCCACAGCCACCGCUGCACCGGGAACGGGAUCGGGAUCGGGAUCGGGAAUGGGAACGAGUACGGUAACGGGAACAGGAACACCAGCCACAGAUCAACAGUCGCCGGCAGUCACCACCACAACGACUAGUCCGCCACCCAGUGUGGGUGAGCUGCUCCAUUGGCAGGACAUGCCGCAGUACCUGCAAUUCAAUCCCUAUGUGCUGCGAGGAUACCGACCCCUGCAGACCUUCAAGGGUUGCCUGCUCAGCCUCUUCUACUGGCACAACGAGACCAUCAAUAUACUGACACAUGCCAUACCCAUCUUCUAUAUCCUGGCCAUUGUGCCCGGCCUGAUGCCCUGGGAUAGCGGCUACAAGUUUCUAUCGUUCUGCCACGUCUUCGGAUCGGUGGCACCCUGGUGCGGAAGCUUCGUCUACCACCUCUUCAUGAACAUCGAGAAGGGAGAGAACGUUUACUACACGCUCCUCAAACUGGACAUGGUCGGCAUCUGGGUGAGCCAGAGUUUCGGUGCCUUGCCUCUAGUCACAGCCACUACUCUCUGUUUCCCGCCGGUGCUUAAGUGGGUCAUCAUCAUCUCCUAUUGCGUGCUCUCCCUCUGGGGCCUCUAUAAGGCACUGACCGCCAGCUCGCCCUGGCAGCGACGCUUGUGCUUCGCCCUGCCCUUUGCCAUGCGCUCCAUCCUGACCUUCCUGCGCAUCCGGGGAAUGGUGGGCGGCAGCCACAUGGCCCUCUCCCAUGUCUACCUGCAGGUUGAAGUUGACGGCGUCUCCAUACUGGGCGGUGCCAUUGGCGCUAUGCGAAUCCCUGAGAAGUGGUUUCCCGGCGUGGUCGAUUUCUAUCUCAAUUCCCACAAUAUAAUGCAUGUUCUAGUCGUGGUGGCUGUAUACUCCAUGCACAAGGCUACCAUUAAGGACUUUGAGUGGAUGUCAACCCAGACCUGCCACACGGUCGCCAACGUCACGGAGCAGGCGCUCGGCCACGUGGAACUAUGACCCGCUUACUGGCUGCUGCCCUUGGUGCUGCUGCCCUUGCCUUGGAUGCUUCUAGCCCGUCGGAGAGUGAGGUCCGUGCGCGUCAUCCGUGCGUUGAUCGCCCCCAUCAUCUGGCGUCGCCGUAGGGGCGGUGGACCCGCUCCCGGCCCAGCGCCUGCGCCGCCACCCAACCCCGUCGACGGGUGAAACAUAGAAGAGCGCAUGGGCGCCCGCUGAUCAGCUCGUGAACUGUCUGAAGAGCUGACUAGAUAGACC